AUUUCGAGCACGAUGGCGCAACAGCAGAAGGUCCUGAGCUUGUACCGCACGAUGCUGCGCCAGGCCGCCCAGUACGAGAACUACACGUUCCGCUCGUACGCCCAGCGCCGCAUCAAGUCCGACUUCCACGCCAAGAAGAGCGCCGCCGGCGCCGAGGCCGAGGCCGCCUUGGCGUUUGGCCACGACCAGCUCGCGAUCCUCCGGCGACAGGUUGCCAUCAGCAAGCUGUACCCUGGUGAGAAGUCCGUCAUGGAAGGUGUCCGCAACUAAUAACCUAAAUCACAUCACGCGUCUUGUCCGUGACCCUGCCGCACCUAUCGCGCCCUGUGAUUGCACGUCUGGCACCAUUAUAGCUCCAGUGUGCUAACACUAGGCAAUACCGGUCUUGAAGCAUCGAUCGUACAUCCGUCUUGACGGGCCGACUGGCACGGCCGCAUGUCGCCGAGCUCACCGUACGACGACUGCGAACGAUCAAGAGCAAUCACCGUCGAUGUGGCCGCGCGGUUGGCGUCAGUUGUCGAGCUGCAAGCGCCGCUUUGUCCAGGCACACGCGUCUGCAUAGGCGCCGCCGUGUUGCCGCCCAUUUGGCCCGUGAGCCAAUAAGUACUUGUCCUUAAUCCACGUCCAGCACCUCGGGCGUGGGGAAAUGCACAGUAGACUGGGCGGACCGCUGGACUAUGUUCGCGUUGAG